AUGUAAUUUAUGCAUCGACCACGCGACAUGGCAGUCUAGCGGAUCGCGUCUUCGCAAGGGACACAAAAUGGCUGUGAUACGUGUUCACGGUUUGCCGUUUCUGACUUUGUUUCUCUGUAGUUUCGUUCUAAGCGACUACACCGUACCGGAAGUAGCUUUCGAAGCGUUGGAACCGAGAGGACUUAGAAUAUCCAUACCGGCUGAGCCGAAGGUGCAGUUUUUCGCAUUCCACGGGAAACUCAACCAGCCGAUCGGGCUUACGGAACCCGGAGACUUCAACGAGGAUGUGACGAGACCGGAAAACGGUAGAUUUACGUACUUUAAUCCCAACAUUCAACUGAAGCCAGGCGACGUCAUCAAUUAUUGGGUGUUCGUGCAACACGACCAACUCGGUUAUAGAAGGGACCAACUUAAAUGGACUGUAAAUGAGCUGACAAAACAAAAGGUCAUCGACAGGGAUCCCAAAUGCCUGGAAACACCAACGACGUCCUCGGACCGAAGCGUGAUUUGCCGGGGAGAAGUUCUCUUCGAACACCGUUUCAUAGGAAGCGAACUCAAUGAAAGUGUUUGGUUAUGGGAACAGUACAUUCCGGUAGGCCCGGACUUCGAGUUCGUUGUCUAUAAGAAGGCCGAUGAUGUGACGUUCCUGUCGGGCAACUUGCUGCACAUAAGACCAAAAGUUACCGAUAAUAAAGCCGAUUUGAUCAUGUCUCAGGAUGUUUCAUCCGGGUGUACCAGGACUUCGCCGAAUGAAUGCAGCAGAGAGUUCUUUGGAAUAUAUCAAAAUCCAGUGACGUCCGGAAGAAUCGUUGCAAAAAACGCGUUUGCUUUCGGAAAGGUCGAAGUACGAGCCAAGCUUCCCAAGGGAGACUGGAUUUAUCCAGAAAUUUACCUGGAAGAUAUACAGGACCCAAAACGCAAAAUUUGGAUCGCUUACGCUAGAGGCAACGAGUUACUUACUGGAGGGAAUGGAGAUGAUCUCGGAGGCAAAUUGCUUUUCGGGGGACCUGUUGUUUCGCCGUUGGAACCAAAUAGAAGCAGAUAUCUGAGUUCCUAUAGGAACGCCCAACCGUUGGCCAACGAAAUGCACACUUACAAAUUAACAUGGACGGAAGCCAAAAUGGAGUUACACCUCGACGAUCUGAAGUACGGAGAAAUCCCCUAUCAGGUUAUGCAAGAGUCUGAAUUCAACAAGCCCCGUAUGGUAAGGUUGGUGGUGGGCGUUGGAGUCGGCGGGAUCUCAGACUUUCCGGAUGGUUUCAAAUCCGGCACGAAUCCCAAACCGUGGAGAAACAGCGAAAGGUCCCAAGUGAAAAAGUUCUUCGACAGUCGGUCCACGUGGAUGGAAACUUGGAACCCGGAAAACGCACAACUUGUGGUGGAAUACGUCAAAGUAACUGCUGUGUGAAUUUUUCUUAGUUGUUGCUGGAUACUUUUUUAUAAACCUGUCCUAAAUAUUUUUUGUAAAUAUAAACAUUUUUCAGUGUA